CUCUCCUGAUAUUAAAUUAGGUUAUGGUUGGAUCCAAGUUGAUAAGAAUAAAAAAAUCACUAACUCUUUUUCAGGUGCGCUGUCACAAUGGCCAUCAUCAACACGUGCAGAAAUCUUUUCUCUACUUACAGCAAUUCUAACAUGUCCAGCAAAUAGUAUUAUAAAUAUAUACUUAGAUUCACAAGCUACUAUUGAUGGUUUUAACAAUUGGAAACAAAAAUCAAAAACCAUUAGAUCCUACCUUAAAGUUAAUAAUUUUUCUUUAUGGGAAAGCAUUUAUUCAACAAUGGAAAAAUAUAAUUUAAUAGUAAAUUUAACAAAAGUUAAAGCUCACUCCAAUAAAUAUCCUCUCAAUGAUACAGCUGACUCACUAGCCAAAUUGGGAA